AAACUCCAGGAGAAACACGGAAUCUGCAGAAUGGUGGUAGACCGAAACAGAGUCCAGGGAGCCCUGCAUCAAUUCAUGGCCGCCGCCGCCGCCAGCUACGACGACGACGAGCUCCGCGGCCGUGCGGCGCUGCGGGAGGCCUUCGGAGACUCAUCGGAGAGCGAAUCCGACGCGCCCCGCGAGGAGGAUCCCUCCCCAGUGGGCCGCGGGCGGUGGAGGUGGGAGGCGGUGGCGGGGGUUAGGGGCCUGUGGCUGUGCGCAGCCUUCCUCUCCGCCGACGAGCAGUCGCGCCUCCUCGCCGCGAUCCAACGAGAAGGAUGGUUCAUUGAUGCACACAACCAAGCAAUGAGAUUCGGUGAUCUCCCUCCAUGGGCUGUCGAACUUUCUGUGCUUGUUCGGGAAGCUAUUUGCGUUGGUGAUGUCAAUGUUGACUUCGGCCCAGAUUCGUCCGAGGAGAAUGAAGAUUCAUGUCCAUUGCCGUCAGAUUUGCUGUGGAGGGAGCCUCUUUUUGAUCAACUGAUUGCAAACAGAUACAAACCAGGUGAGGGUAUCUGUGCUCAUGUUGAUCUGAUGCGCUUCGAUGAUGGGAUUGCGAUAGUGUCUCUCGAGUCUGCUUGUGUGAUGCACUUCAGUCAGGAAAGCACCGCCUACGAUAUGCUGAAGAACGAUGAGAGUGAAUUUACAAAUGUUCCUGUCUACCUGAGUCCUGGCUCACUCGUUGUAAUGUCAGGCGAUGCUCGGUACCACUGGAAGCAUGAGAUAAACCGCAAGCCGGGUGCUCAGAUAUGGAAUGGCCAGGAGCUUGAGCAGCAUAGAAGAACUUCAGUUACAUUGAGGAAACUCCGGGCUUCUCCCAACUGAAGUUGACAUGGUUAACACUUGUAUGAUGAGUAAUGUUAGCUUUUGGUCAAUUUUGCACUGAUCAUUUUGCAGCAUAUCAUGUAAACUAUAAUUAGGUUGCUAAGAGCAACCAACUAAAUGUCCUUGGCAUGUGAAAAUACAAUGUUAUGGUAUCUGAAAAGGCAUGGUUAACACUUGUUGUAUGAUGAACAAUGUUACGUUUUGGUCAAUUCGUGCUGA